AAACAAUUAACUGUUCCAACCGGGUACGUUCGUCACAUCUCUGAUGCCUGAGCAACAAUAACAAAAAGUCCUCACAGUAGGAUACAAACGUACUUUUUUAAAGGUUUUUAAGAUUAAAUGUCGACAAUGUGGCCAACGCCGUACUUAGCAUCCAGUAGUUCACGUCGAAGAUGGAAUACGCUUUUAUUCUAGUCAGAGAAAACACUGCAGUUUAGACAGCCAGCCCUUAGAUAACCGCUUUCAGCGCCAAACUACGUUAAUUACAUUAAUUAAUUUAAGUUAAUCCUCUCUUGUGUUGGUACGUCUCCCACGGUAAGUUAUCAUCCGGACCUGCAGGUGCAUCGACUACCACCACCCACAUUCAAGGGAAUAUGCAUUCAUAAUAAAGAAUUGUGCAUCUCUAAUGGGCGUUUGCGUUAUUAUGGCCUGAUAUUUCCGUUUGAUUUGUGCAAUAUCUUUCUCAAUAUACUACGUGUUCUCGUCCGACCACUGUAUGAGCAAAGAUGACGUUUGCCUGGCAAACAAAGCAAACAUUGACAUUUCAGGAGGCUCUUUCGCUCUCAUUCUCAAAUACAAGGACGAACUGCUUCGCUAGUUUCCGGUAGUUAAUUUGAGAUCCUCUAAUUUAGUUGCCGUUAUUUACUACCAUGUAUAAUGGAAAUAAUCGAAAUAGUAUAAAAUAUAGGCCAAUGAUUUCGGUCUAAGAUUCUCUCAAUACCGCAAGGGUAGCUGGCUAACGCGAGAAUCGAACCAACAACCCCCAAGCCGUAGUCUACUGCCGCUACCCGCUGAGCUACACUGAACUGAUGUAUCAUGGUGAUUUCUCUGCCGCGAUGAGUCCCAGGGUUUGCAAGGCGUGUGGGUGUGCUGAGAUCGAUCUGGACCAGGCCAGGGGAAAUGCAGUUUGCACCAACUGUGGUUCUGUGUUGGAGGACAACAUCAUCGUCUCGGAGGUCCAGUUUGUUGAAGGCAGCGGUGGGGUCACUUCGGCUGUGGGCCAGUUUGUCUCUUCAGAUGGUCCAGAGAAAGCCCCCCUUUUGGGCAGUGGUUUCCACACCAGUAUUGGAAAAGAGUCACGUGCUCAGACCCUCCAGAACGGGAAGCGUCAGAUCCACCAGCUGGGCAGCCAGCUGCAGCUGAACCAACACUGCCUUGACACCGCCUUCAACUUCUUCAAGAUGGUGGUCAGCAAACAGCUGACCCGCGGCCGCAAGAUGGCACAUGUUAUCGCAGCCUGCCUCUACAUGGUCUGCCGAACUGAGGGGACACCCCACAUGCUGUUGGACCUCAGUGACCUGCUGCAGGUCAAUGUCUACAUUUUGGGGAAGACAUUCCUUCUGUUGUCCCGGGAGCUCUACAUCAACGCUCCUGCUAUUGACCCCUGUCUCUACAUCCCGCGCUUCGCCCACAUGCUGGAGUUUGGGGAGAAGACCCACCAGGUGUCCAUGACGGCUCUCAGGCUGCUCCAGAGGAUGAAGAGGGACUGGAUGCACACUGGACGCCGGCCGUCCGGCCUGUGUGGAGCAGCACUCCUGGUCGCAGCACGGAUGCAUGAUUUCCGGCGUACGGUGAAGGAGGUGAUCGGGGUGGUGAAGGUGUGCCAGGCGACUCUGAGGAAGAGACUCACAGAGUUUGAGGACACGCCCACCAGCCACCUGACCAUCGAUGAGUUCAUGCGCGUGGAUCUGGAGCAGGAGUGCGACCCUCCCUCCUUCAUCGCCGGUCAACACAAGACCAAGAUCCAGCAGUUGGAGCAUGAGUUGGCUAAGAAGCUGAAUGAAGUCGAAGGGGAGAUCAGCGGCUACCGGGACGAGAUUGAGACGGAGCUAGCCAACAGCAUGCCCAAGCUCAGCGGGAUGUACAGCGCCUUCGCCAAGCACACAGAGGUCCCAGACGAGGAGGAGGAGGAGCAGCAGGAGGAGGAGAAGAAGCUGGGCCUGGCCUUCGGCCAGCCCGAGGGCGAGGACAUGGAGCUGCAGGUGGCUGCCCAGCAGCUCACCCAGGACUUCCUGUGUCAGGUGCUGGAGGAGGUGGAGCAGGAGCCGGGGACAAGGCCGUCAGGGGGCAUGCCGGGGUGCCGGCCGUGCUCCCAGUCGCUGAGCUCCAUCCUGGGGAUCGGGCGCCCCGUCCACGUCUCCCCGGUGGAGGACGCCCAGUCAGAGAGUGGGGAGCUGGACCUGGAAGGCAUCGAUGACCAGGAGAUAGAGAAGUACAUCCUGAACGAGCGCGAGGUGGAGACCAAGACGGAGCUCUGGAUGAAACAGAACGAGGACUACCUGAAGGAGCAGAAAGAAAAGGAAUUACGAAUAAUCAAAGAAAAGGAGCUGGGAACCUAUAAGGUGAAGAAGAGUAAGAAGCGCGCUCCCAUCCAGGCGGCCACGGCGGGCGAGGCCAUAGAGAAGAUGCUGGAGCAGAAGAGGAUCUCCACUAAGAUCAACUACGAGGUCCUGAGGGACCUGAACCAGGGGGGCAGUGGACCCAGCAGCCCGCCCCCGCCCCCGCCCCCCUCAGAGUCCUCCUCCUCCAGCACCUCCACUGGACGCCCCCGACCGCCUCGCCGCAAGAAACCCAACCGCAAGACCAACAGCCUGGCCGCCACGGCCAGCAUCAUGGGGAAACGACUCCGUCCGUUAGUGUCGUCCAUACCAAAGAAGAAGAGAGACACGUCCCAGGUCAACCGGCCAACGGCUCCUGGGCAACCGGCUCCAUCCACCCCAUCCACCCCACUCCCUCCAGGCACGCCCCAAACAACAGACACACCUCCAAGACAAGCUACACCUCCACAGCUAGCCACGCCGCCCAGGGACGCCUCGACCGCUCGUGAAGCCACACCCCCUCUGGAGACUUUGGAGGAUGAGGAGGCGGAGCCUUGUGUCAGCGUUAUGCAGCUGAUGGCGGGAAAUGAGUACGGCUGUGACACGGAGGAGGAAGAGGAGUUCUUUUGAACCGAUUCUCCUGACCUUUGACCCCAGGACCGUCCAUUCUAGGUCAGCACUUCGUAGCGAAGCAUCGGCUGGUUUCCCUUGAUUCUGAUUGGCUGCUGGCCAACCAGAACCAACCUCCACCCACACUCCUCCAUUCCAUCACAGACUGUUGACAAGUGGACUUUGAAUGUUGUUUUUAAUGUUUUUAAUGUGCUUUUAAAUGUAUGUAUGUUUCUAAGGCAGCUGCUUGUUUCAUAAGAACUCCUACUUUGUGUAUAUUGUGUAUAUUCUUCAAGUACUGAUAAUAUUAUGGACUACAUAUUGUUUUGAAAUGUUAUGUACUUCUCUUAUGUAAGAGGAUUAUUUUUAAAUAUGCAAACGUGUAAUUUAUUUUAAUGCACAUUGGUUUACAGUACUAUACUGUGCACUGAUAUGCUUCACUGUGUACUGAUGUAAUAUUUGCAGCGUUCUACCCUCAACCAACAGACAUGGAAGCACAUCUUUCUCCUGGUUUAGAAGUGAAAUUGAUUUAACAUUCCCAAGUGUUCCAACCUUAAAGGGUCAUUAACACUGGACCAAAUCUUCUCUGAAAGUAAUAAUGGACGAAAACAUGCAAUCAGGUUUAUCUUUGUCAUCAGGGCAAAUCUUCCCAGCCGUCUCUGACCCCGCCUCCUUUGUAAUGUCAGAUGAUCUUAGGCCCUCAUGUCCGUUGUCGUGCAUUAAAUGGGCAUUACUCAAUAGAGGGCUCCUGUCUCUUUUCUCUAAAUACAGGCCGACAGACGUGUCAGAGAAUCAAUCAGUCUUCAUUUAAAUUAGUUGACUUCAAAUGCAUGCAACUGCAACCCCACUCCUCUAGAGUAGGAUUUGAUCUUUAGGGGAUUAAGCCCAAAAUAAGGUCUACAUUUUAGUCACAUCGGCAAUGGUUCAUCAUGCAGGCUACUCACUGGGAGGAUGGGGGACAUCCAGGAUGUGGGUGAUUUCUGCCCACUAAAUGGGGUCUAAAAUCUCUGUUGCUGUAGAGGAUGAAUUUGUUGAAGGCAAAGUAGACCGAAUAGACACCCCUAACGACGUGAUGAGAAUGUUUUGUUGUCUUGUUUAAUUGCACACAAUGUCUUGCAGGUCCUGGUCCAAAACGAACUAGCGUACACCCCCGAUGGUUCACUGCAUCAAAAGCUUUGGGAACCCCUUAACUAUGGUUCCCAGUUCACAUUCUUGUUCCGUGGGUAUUUGAAGAGGACACAUUAUAAUCCUAGUCUUGACUAUUCUCAGUGUACAGACGUAAGUAAGACGGAUGCUUCCUUUAUACCAAAUCAUGACACCGACCUAUUUCAAAUUAACCUGUUCACCUGUGGAAUGUGAGCAUUCCUCACCUGUCCCAGCUUUUUGGAACAUGUAGCAGACCUCAAAUUCUAAAUAAGUUAAUAUUUGCAAAAACAACAACAAAGUUUAUCAGUUUGAACAUUAAAUAUCUUGUCUUGGUAGUGUAUACAAUUUAAUAUAGGUUGACAAGGAUUUGCAAAUUAUUGUAUUCUGUUUUUUAUUUAUGUUUUACAUAACGUCCCAACUUCAUUGGAAUUGGGGUUGUACAUUAUGUUACAUGCUAGUGGGACAGCAGGGCUAUCUCACUAGUAAAACCUGACCAGUUAAAUAUGACUUGCUUAUCCAAAUAUCCCCUGCUCUCAGUAGUGCUGGUAGUGUUGAUAGUCAAUAGAGUGUCAAUAUAUUAUAGGUAGAGUGCUAUUGUACCUGUUGUCAAUAGAGUUCCAGGAGUUUGUCCAUUCAGUGUUGUGUUCUGGCAGUGCUAUUGUGUCCGGACAGUAGACUGUCUGUAGUUUCAGUAGCGUGCUGGUACACUGUGUGUCUGUGUCCUGGUGUCAGUUGCGUAGUACAUCAAGAGAGAGUCUGUUGAGCCCCGGGAUCAUCAGUAGGGUGAGGCUCAGUAGCCGAAGGUCUGUUUGAUGGCUUUAAAGUAGUAUCUCUUCCACCCCUCCUUGGUCCGCUCCUCCUCCCCAGAGGGGACGCCCUGACAGUCCAGUCUGAGCUCCGUCUCGUCCCCCACGCCCUUCAGACGCAGAGUGAUGGUGGCGUAGUGCUCUAAACAACAAACAAACACAACAACAACAACUCAAUCCACAGAACCACAAGGCUUCUGUUGCAGGUGUAUAGGCAAGGCAAGGCAAGGC